CAUACAUCUGGGGUUGCUGAGAAGAUAGAGUUAUUUCCCGAUCUCUUCGCUGUCGGUGGGAAAUUUUUGGAGCUAUGGAGGAGGUCGAUCACCUGGCACCUGAGAGGAUCACGGCUGAGUUUGAUGUUGAGGCGAUGAAGAUCGUAUGGGCUGGAUCCCACCGCGCCUUCGAGAUUGCGGAUCGGAUGUCCCGUCUAGUCGCCAGCGAUCCCGAAUUUCGGAAGGAUAAUAGAACUGUGCUUGGCCGUAAGGAGUUGUUUAGAAAUUCCCUGAGAAAAGCUGGCCAUGCUUGGAAACGCAUCAAUGAGCUCCGUUUAACCGAAGAAGAGUCAUCAAUGUUAAGAUUCUUCGUGGAUGAGCCUGCUUAUGUGGACUUGCAUUGGGGCAUGUUUGUUCCUGCUAUUAAAGGACAAGGAACUGAUGAACAGCAGAAGAAAUGGUUAUCCUUGGCCUAUAAAAUGCAAAUUAUUGGCUGUUAUGCUCAAACUGAACUUGGUCAUGGUUCAAAUGUUCAAGGACUUGAGACAACGGCAACUUUUGAUCCUAAUACUGACGAAUUUAUCAUUCACAGCCCUACAUUGACAUCAAGCAAAUGGUGGCCUGGUGGCUUGGGGAAAAUCUCUACGCAUGCAGUUGUUUAUGCCCGUCUGAUAACGGAUGGACAGGAUUAUGGUGUUCAUGGAUUCAUUGUCCAAUUACGAAGUCUUGAUGAUCACUUGCCACUCCCUGGUAUCACUGUUGGUGACAUUGGCACAAAAUUUGGAAAUGGUGCAUACAACACAAUGGACAAUGGUGUUCUACAAUUUGAUCAUGUGCGCAUACCAAGAGAUCAGAUGUUAAUGAGGCUUUCACAGGUUACAAAAGAGGGGAAAUACAUUCAUUCUGACGUACCAAGGCAACUUGUUUAUGGAACAAUGGUCUAUGUACGACAAACCAUUGUUGCAGAUGCUUCUAGAGCUCUUUCUAGGGCUGUCUGUAUUGCAGUAAGGUAUAGUGCUGUUCGCAGGCAAUUUGGCUCACAGAAUGGUGGUCCUGAAACUCAGGUGAUUGAUUACAAGACUCAACAAAGUAGGCUUUUCCCCCUGCUUGCUUCAGCAUAUGCUUUCAGGUUUGUGGGUAAUUGGUUAAAGUGGCUUUACACGGAUGUGACGCAAAGAUUACAGGCUGGGGACUUUGCAACAUUGCCUGAGGUUCAUGCCUGCACAGCUGGUUUGAAGUCGCUGACAACGUCUGUUACAGCAGAUGGUAUUGAAGAAUGUAGAAAACUUUGUGGCGGACAUGGUUAUCUGUGCAGCAGUGGGCUUCCUGAAUUAUUUGCUGUCUAUGUUCCUGCAUGCACAUAUGAGGGAGACAAUGUUGUCCUUCUCUUGCAGGUCGCAAGGUUCCUCAUGAAGACCGUUUCUCAGUUGGGAUCUGGAACGAAGCCCACUGGUGCUGCAGCUUACAUUGGAAAAGCAGAAUACUUGUUGCAGUGCAAAUGCAAUGUUCAAAAAGCUGAAGACUGGUUGAACCCUUCUGUCAUCCUUGAAGCAUUCGAGGCUAGGGCAGUUAGACUAGCAGUUAUUUGUGCUCAAAAUAUAAGCAAAGCAUCCAGCCCAGAAGAAGGCUUCCUUGAGCUAUCUGCUGAUUUAGUGGAGGCUGCUAUAGCUCACUGCGAAUUGAUCAUUGUAUCUAAGUUCAUUGAUAAGGUGCAGCAAGACAUGGAAGGACAAGGAAUUAAGGAGCAGCUCCAGAUCCUCUGCAACAUAUAUGCGCUCUCUCUUCUUCACAAGCAUCUUGGUGAUUUCCUCACAACCAACUGCAUCAAUCCUACGCAAGGUGCCCUUGCAAAUGAGCAACUUCGAGCUUUAUACACCCAGGUUCGGCCAAAUGCUGUAUCUCUUGUGGAUGCAUUUAACUACACUGACCAUUACUUGAGCUCUGCUCUUGGACGUUACGAUGGCAACGUUUACCCAAAGCUAUAUGAGGAGGCAUGGAAGGAACCUCUCAACGACUCUGUUGUGCCUGAUGGCUACCAUGAGUAUAUUCGGCCUUUGCUCAAGCAGCAAUUGAGGCUCUCAAGACUCUAAAAUGACCUGGACGCCAUUAUUUUUAGCGAGGAGUCAGGUAUAAUACCAUCAUAUAGGAUUGCUUUCCCAGUUCCCAGAGCCAAUGUAAUGGCUCUCAAUAAGGUAUUUGGAUGCUUUUAACCCUAAAUCUGAGGUUAUGUUACAAUUUAAUGUGAAGAUGUUUGAUGAUAUCUUAAGCUAUUACUGUAUUUAUUGAGUUCUAACUCUUGAUUUGGAUCUCUUAUUAGAAUUUAAUAUUCUGGUUAGAGUUUUCUUAUA